GUUGUUGUGGAAGAUGAGGUGAGUUGAUGAGCUGGAAGGGUUCAUGAGAACGUACUUUAGGCAUCUUGAUUGCUCGAUUGAUCUUUUGCUGGGAGGAAUAUGUGUAGCUUUCUUCCAAAGUCUGACGCUCUCCUAUUUUGUAGCCCGUUUGUAGUAAUUGUACUUCAAUCCACUUCAGACGUUAAGUACCCCGCUUACAGUCUCCGUACUCCCAAAAACAGAAUUCUCUUCUUGCAGCAAAUCAAUUAUCCGGCGGGCAAUAACGGAAGCAAAACUCUCGGUCCUUCUCCUGCAGUUGCGUUUGGAGAAAGAAGAAGAAGUAUGUAAGAAAGAGGGAAGGAGAAAGAAAGAGGCUUCUUACAUUUCAGCAACGACGACCCCGCAAUCCUGUUUCCAAGCUUGCGAGGUUGAGCGGCGUCACUCUUGCCCCGUUUGG